CUACUGUGUUUUCUGAGCGAGUUGAAGUUUUAAUCAGUGAUGGCAAAGGAGACAGUGAAAACCCAGAAGGAUUCUUCAAACAAUAACACUGCAACCAAAGUGAAGAGAAGGAGAAAGAGUGGCCCAAGAGAGUCACCUCCUCAAAGAAGCUCAAGCUUUCGAGGGGUCACAAGGCAUCGAUGGACUGGUCGAUAUGAAGCUCAUUUGUGGGAUAAGAAUAGCUGGAAUGACUCUCAAACUAAGAAAGGAAGACAAGUAUAUCUUGGGGCUUAUGAUGAUGAAGAAGCAGCAGCUCGUGCCUAUGAUUUGGCAGCAUUGAAGUAUUGGGGACAAGAUACCAUGCUUAACUUUCCGUUAUCAAGGUAUCAAGAAGAGAUUAAAGAGAUGGAGAGCCAGUCUAGAGAAGAGUAUAUUGGAUCAUUAAGGAGGAAAAGUAGUGGAUUUUCUCGCGGCGUCUCGAAAUAUAGAGGUGUUGCAAGACAUCACCACAAUGGAAGAUGGGAAGCAAGGAUUGGAAGAGUUCUUGGCAACAAAUACCUAUAUCUUGGAACAUAUGCCACCCAAGAAGAAGCAGCCACUGCAUACGACAUGGCAGCCAUAGAAUACCGUGGGCUUAAUGCCGUUACCAACUUUGACCUCAGCCGUUACAUGAAAUACAUCAAACCUGACCCCACCACCGAUCCAACCCCUGUGGACCCCACAAACCCAAAUUCUAAUACUAGUUCUACUCCAAGUCCUAAUUAUAUUACUUAUCCAAGCAAUCCUAAUCCUAAUCAAGACUUUAGUUUCCUCCACGAGGAGAGUCCCACCACCCUCUACGGUGGUGAGACUAUAGUAACUCCACCACCGAUGACGGAUAGUGGCAGCAGCGUCGCAGAAUUUGACUCGUCAGACUUAAUGGAUCUACUGCUUGAGACUACUUCGGCGGUGGAAAGCCCUUCGACGACACAAGAAUCUGACCCACCACAGUGCAGCUUCCCCGACUACAUUCAAACUCAGUUUGAUUAUCAAGAUUCCGGGAAUUAUAAUUUUGCCGCUGAUGACGAUUUGUUCUUCAACAUUGACCUGAGUUCCUUUGUGUCACAAUUCUUAGAGUAUGAUAUGGAAGACCAAGAUAACUUAUUUAGAUGAAAGAAACAAAAAUAAACAGGAAACAUACAUAUGUUACUAUUAAAAAACAUAAAUAUUCUUUGUAAGAAGGGAAGGUUGUGGGAUGAUAAUAAAUUUGGGUGGUCUUGAAGAGAUAGUUUAAUUUGUAGAAGGGUUCAUCACUAAUAUUGGUUCAUUAUGUAUAGAUAGGGAGGCUUCAGAAAUUUGUUUUUGAGGGGUGGGGAGAAAGAAAAAAUUUCCUCCACUAGUAUGACUUCCACUUU